UCUCAACCACCAAACAACGAUCUGCCCCUUGACAUCCAGAGAUUGAGGUGCCGUGCAAUGUAUAACGCACUUCGUUUCUCUCCCCCAAUUGAGAUCCUGGCAAAGAAGCUGAUAGAGCGGCUAAGGAGUCGUGAGGGACGAUACAUUGCUCUUCAUCUUAGAUAUGAGAAAGACAUGCUGUCUUUUACGGGUUGCACUUAUGGCCUGACUGAAGCAGAAUCAAAAGAGCUGACAAUAAUGAGGGAGAACACUAAUCAUUGGAAGGUAAAGAAGAUUAAUUCCACAGAACAGAGACUAGGAGGGAAUUGCCCUUUGACCCCCAAGGAGGUGGGGAUUUUCCUCCGAGCUCUUGGUUAUCCUCCAUCAACAUUAAUCUAUAUUGCUGCUGGAGAAAUUUAUGGUGGUAAUGCUCGCUUGUCCACGCUCUCAUCGCGCUUCCCUAAUCUUGUUUUUAAGGAAACUCUUGCCACGAAGGAAGAAUUGGAAGGGUUCACUAACCAUGCAUCUCAGAGUGCUGCUAUUGACUACAUUAUCUCAGUGGAGAGUGAUGUGUUUGUUUCUUCUUAUUCUGGUAACAUGGCCAGAGCUGUUGAAGGACAUCGGAGGUUCUUAGGCCACCGCAGGACAAUCACCGCAGAUAGGUAUAGGCUCCUUCUUCAACCUAGACCCUCGCCGGUGAUCCCCAACCUCACCGCCCCCAUGCCGCCGGCGCCGCCGCCGGCCUCCGAGCUCCUGUGGCAAGCGGCCGCCGCCGCCUGCGUCAAGCUCCUCCUGGUCCCCUCCUACCGAAGCACCGACUUCGAGGUCCACCGCCACUUGGCUCGCCCUGACCCACUCCCUCCCCGUCGCCCGCUGGUACUCCGACGAGACCAGCCCCUGGACCCUCGACUACCCUCCCUUCUUCGCCUUCCUCGAGCUCCUCCUCUCCUUCCCCGCCCGCGCCGUCGACCCCGUCAUCGUCCACCUCCACCACAGCCUCGGCUACGGCGCCGCCUCGACCUCCGACAGUCGCGCGACCCCGAUCGGCCGUCGCCGAGGCUACGCAACCUCGCCUGA